CCAAGUUUGGGUGUGCUGGUGACCCGGUACUGUGUAGCGGAGGGGCGCCAAGAGUUAGCUGCCGGCUCACUAAGUGAGGGCGCCUCAGGGAGGCUUCCGGGAGAUUUUGGUCCCUUUCCAGCUUCUCCUGAUGCCUCAUUUGCCUCUAGCCUCUUUUCGAUCACCACUUUGGGGGCUGAGGCCUUCAUGGGGCCUCCCCAGGUCCCAUCCUCUUUCUACACAGUCAGAGCUCCAUGGGUUUCCUAUCUCCAGGAAGAAUCGUGAAGCCAAACAAAAGCGCCUGCGAGAGAAACAGGCUGCACUGGAGGCUGGGAUAGCCAGGAACAGCAAGUCACCUACAGAAUCCAGUAAGGCCUGGAGUCCUAAGGAGGUGGUAUUGUAUGAAAUCCCCACGGAACCUGGUGAAAAGAAAGAUGUCUCUGGAUGCCUGCCUCCUGCAUACAGUCCCCAAUAUGUGGAGGCUGCCUGGUACUCUUGGUGGGUACGAGAGGGCUUCUUCAAACCAGAAUAUCAGGCCCAGCUGCCCCAGGCCACAGGGGAGACCUUUUCCAUGUGUAUCCCACCUCCCAAUGUCACUGGCUCCCUGCACAUUGGCCACGCACUCACAGUGGCUAUACAGGAUGCCCUUGUGCGCUGGCACCGGAUGCGUGGGGAUCAAGUGCUAUGGAUACCUGGCUCAGAUCAUGCAGGAAUUGCUACACAAGCUGUGGUGGAGAAACAACUAUGGAAGGAGCGGGGAGUGAGGAGACAUGAGCUGAGCCGGAAAGACUUCCUUAGGGAGGUGUGGCAGUGGAAGGAGGUGAAAGGUGGAGAGAUCUGUGAGCAGCUACGAGCUCUGGGUGCCUCCCUGGACUGGGACCGAGAUUGUUUUACCAUGGAUGCUGGCUUCUCAGAGGCUGUGACGGAAGCUUUUGUGCGACUUUACAAGGCGGGGUUGUUAUACCGGAAUCGUCAGCUUGUCAACUGGUCAUGUGCUUUAAAAUCAGCUAUUUCGGACAUUGAGGUGGAGAACCGGCCCUUGCCUGGCCGCACGGAACUUCGACUGCCUGGCUGCCCCACCCCUGUGUCUUUUGGCCUCCUUGUUUCUAUUGCCUUCCCUGUGGAUGGAGAGCCUGAUGCAGAAGUCGUGGUAGGAACCACAAGGCCAGAGACGCUUCCUGGAGACAUGGCUGUGGCCGUUCAUCCUGAUGACUCCCGAUACACACAUCUACAUGGGCGACAGCUUCGUCACCCCUUGACAGGGCAGCUUCUGCCCCUCAUCACAGACUCUGCUGUUCACCCACAUGUGGGCACAGGGGCAGUGAAGGUGACUCCAGCUCAUAGUCCUGCUGAUGCUGAGAUGGGGGCCAGACAUGGCUUGAGUCCCUUGAAUGUCAUUGCAGAGGAUGGGACCAUGACUUCCCUCUGCGGGGACUGGUUGCAGGGUCUUCACCGAUUUGUGGCUCGGGAAAAGAUAAUGUCUGCACUGAAGGAGCGGGGCCUGUUCCGGGGUCUCCAGAACCACCCCAUGGUAUUGCCCAUCUGCAGCCGUUCCGGGGAUGUGGUAGAAUACCUACUGAAGAGCCAAUGGUUUGUCCGCUGCCAGGAAAUGGGGGACCAGGCUGCCAAGGCUGUGGAGUCAGGGGCCCUGGAGCUCAGCCCAGCCUUCCACCGAAAGAACUGGCAGCACUGGUUUUCCCACAUUGGGGACUGGUGUGUCUCUCGGCAGCUUUGGUGGGGCCAUCAGAUCCCAGCCUACCUGGUCAUAGAGGAGCAUGUGGAGGGUGACAGGGAAGACUGUUGGGUAGUUGGGAGGUCAGAGGCUGAGGCCAGAGAGGUAGCAGCGGAAUUGACAGGGAGACCAGGGGCGGAACUGGUCCUGGAGAGGGACCCUGAUGUCCUGGACACAUGGUUCUCUUCGGCCCUAUUCCCCUUUUCUGCCCUGGGCUGGCCCCAAAAGACCCCAGACCUUGCUCGUUUCUACCCCCUGUCACUUUUGGAAACGGGCAGUGACCUCCUGCUGUUCUGGGUGGGCCGAAUGGUUAUGCUGGGGACCCAGCUUACGGGGCAGCUCCCCUUCAGCAAGGUGCUGCUUCAUCCCAUGGUUCGGGAUAGACAGGGCCGGAAGAUGAGCAAGUCCCUAGGGAAUGUGCUGGACCCACGAGACAUCAUCAGUGGGGUGGAGCUGCAGGUGCUGCAGGAAAAACUGAGAAGUGGGAACUUGGACCCCACAGAGUUGGCCAUUGCAACUGCGGCACAGGAAAAAGACUUUCCUCAUGGGAUUCCCGAGUGUGGGACAGAUGCCCUGAGAUUUGCACUCUGCUCCCAUGGAGUCCUGGGGGGCGACUUGCGUCUGUCUGCCUCUGAGGUCCAGAGCUACCGACAUUUCUGCAACAAGAUCUGGAACGCCCUGCGCUUUAUCCUCAAUGUCCUAGGGGAGAAGUUUGUGCCACAGCCUGCAGAGGAGCUGUCUCCCUCCUCCCCCAUGGACGCCUGGAUCCUGAGCCGCCUUGCCCUCGCUGCCCAGGAGUGUGAGCGGGGCUUCCUUGCCCGGGAGCUCUCACUGGUGACCCAUGCCCUGUACCACUUCUGGCUCCACAACCUUUGUGAUGUAUACCUGGAGGCUGUAAAACCUGUACUGUGGCGCUCGCCCUGUCCCCCGGGACCCCCUCAGGUCCUGUUCUCCUGCGCUGAUCUUGGCCUCCGUCUCCUUGCUCCACUGAUGCCCUACCUGGCUGAAGAGCUCUGGCAGAGGCUGCCCCCAAGGCCUGGCUGCCCUAAUGCCCCCAGUAUAUCAAUUGCCCCCUACCCCAGUGCUCAAAACUUGGAGCACUGGCGCCAGCCGGAGCUGGAGCAGCGCUUCUCCCAAGUCCAGGAGGUUGUACAGGCACUGAGGGCUCUCCGAGCCUCGUACCAACUCACCAAGGCCCGACCCCAAGUGUUGCUGCAGAGCUCUGAUCCUGGGGAGCAGGAACUCUUCAAGGCCUUCCUUGAGCCUCUGAGUACUUUGGGCCGCUGUGGAGCUGUGGACCUCUUACCUCCAAGUGCUGCAGCUCCCUCUGGGUGGGCCCAGGCUUCACUAAGUGAAACAGUUCAGGUCUAUAUGGAGCUGCAGGGCCUGGUGGACCCUCAGACCCAAUUACCUCUGCUAGCUGCCCGAAGGCACAAGUUGCAGAAGCAGCUUGAUGGCCUCAUAUCCAGGACCCCAUCUGAAGGGGAAGCAGAGACUCAGAGGCAACAAAGGCUUUCUUCCCUCCAGUUGGAAUUGUCAAAACUGGACAAGGCGGCCUCUCACCUCCGGCAGCUGAUGGAUGAGUCUCCAGCCCCAGGGAGCUCUGAGCUCUAAUUCUCCAUCCCUGGAAGUCUUCCUCAAGACAUAUCCUUGAGGACAAAUGGAUUUGUCAGCAAGGGGACAUCAGAGACUACGAAGUCCACCUCCAUUUUGUAAACGAGAAGACAGACGGGCUUGGUUGCAGUGACUUGUGUCCCUGAGAUGCUAUGUGCCCAGCCUCCCCCUGUGUAGUCCUACAAAGUUAGAGAAUGAGAUUCUGAUAAACUUUAAAAAUCCCAAA